UUAAUAUUUUUUUUUCCAUUAGAGUAGGCUAAGAUUGUUCUCUUCACUUCAACAUCCUUGACACCAAAAUCCCUCUAGAUGGCGCCACAGCACUGCUUUAAAAUUAGAAAUGGCUUUGGCUUUUGUAAAAAGGGUAAUUAACCAAGAACAAGUUUUUUUAAAAAAAAGAUGAUUAUUUGAGUGAACAGUUGAGUAUUCUUCUGCGGCAGUUUAUUCAUUGGAUCGUGUCCGAAAGGCUCACGUUACCAUUGAGAGGCGAGCACCCGUGCGCCUGCCCCGAGUGUCGAGUUACACGUCACGCAUUGAUUAUUCAGGACUCAGCAGGUGUCGCAGUCAAAGACGUGCCCCGUUGUCGUGGAGCCGUUGGCACCCGCGAGGACUGGGCCCCUCGCCGCCACAGGCCCUGCCCCAGUCAGGUACCACGCACACCCACACAAAAGGGAUCCCCCGCUCUCUAAUGAUCUCCACGACGUCCAGCACGGCCGACAUGGUGACGCAGGGUAAACUUGAGAUCAACUCCACGGACAUUGUUGAAGAUAAAACCUCAAGCCGGCUGGGAUGCUUCGGCUGGAUUUUGGUGAUCAUAUCGCUCCUCUUCAUCGGGGUCACCUUCCCGCUUACAAUCUUUAUGUGUGUCAAGAUAGUGAAAGAGUACGAACGAGCCGUCAUCUUCAGGCUGGGUCGGAUCAUCGACAGGAAAGCCAAAGGCCCCGGGCUUUUCUUCGUUAUCCCCUGCACGGAUAAUUUUGUGAAAGUCGACCUGAGGACCGUGUCCUUUGACAUCCCGCCGCAAGAGAUCCUGACGAAGGACUCUGUGACGGUGUGCGUGGACGGCGUGGUCUACUUCCGCAUCCAGUGUCCCAUCUCUUCGGUGGCCAACGUGAGCAACGCGCAUUCGUCCACACGCUUGCUGGCGCAGACCACCCUCAGGAACGCGCUGGGCACCAAGAACCUGGCCGAGCUGCUGUCCGACAGGGAGGGCAUCUCGCUCAGCAUGCAGGAAUCCUUGGACAAAGCCACGGACGCGUGGGGCAUCAAGGUGGAACGGGUGGAGAUCAAAGACGUCAAGUUACCGCAGCAGCUGCAGAGAGCCAUGGCGGCCGAGGCCGAGGCCAGUCGCGAGGCCCGGGCCAAGAUCAUCGCCGCCGAGGGCGAGAUGAAGGCGUCGCGGGCCCUGAAGGAGGCCUCGCUGGUUCUCACCGAGGCUCCGUCCGCCCUGCAGCUGCGCUACCUGCAGACGCUCAACAGCAUCGCCUCCGAGAAGAACUCCACCAUCGUCUUCCCGCUUCCCAUCGAUCUGCUGCAGAGCUUCCUGACGAGGAAGUGAGCCACUUUGCCAAUGUUAAAUAGGGGGCCCUUGAUUUAGCACCAGGCGGGGUUUCUUCUUCUUUUGAAAAACAAAUUGGCUCUUUUGAGGUCUUCCUUAACAUGCCCGAAGUUUACAAGCCUGCGUAUCCUGAUUAAAAAAUGUAAGGGUCUCCUAAAUGACAACAUAAGUGUGUAAAAUAGCACCUUGAUGGCUUUUGAAAUUCGAAAACUUUGAACAGACAAUCAAA